AAACGAGCAAACUGAAGCAUCGAAAGCUCGCAACAACUCCAUACCUUGGCGAGACCGUCGUCGUCGCCGGCGAUGGCAUCCCAGCCGCCGACGCAGCUGCAGCAGCAGGAGAUCGACGUAGACAACCUCCUCCCAUCAUCUCCGGCCUCCUCCGCAGCCUCCGACGCCGACGCCGACCACCGCCGCGCCGUCGACGACCUACUCCUCCUCCUCUCCUCGUCCGACUCCGACUCCGACGAGCCCAGCCGUAGUAGCAGCAGCCCCAGCACCAGCCUAAAACCCCUACCCCGUAUCCAAGCCCCACCACCGCGGCAGCUCCCUAAACCUUCCCCUCCUCCUUCCCCUUCCCCUUCCGCCUCCGAUUCCCCGAGGAGAUCCACAUCCGCCUCGCCGCCGUCGGCGACGCUCUCCUCCCUCGUCACCAGAACCUUCUCGAACAGCGCCGCUUCCUCGUCGAGGCCACUCCCCUCGCUCUUCCGGGGCGUCCGCCCCAGCCCCAAGCCCGGCGCCGCCCUCGCCGCGGCUGCCGCCGCGUCCCGCGCCGUUCUCACCCCGCACGCCGCGGCGAUCAAGUCGCGGCGCACCGCCUCCGCGCCUGUCGAUAAGAGCCUCGACGAGGGCACCGGGUCCGAAGCCUCCGAGGGGCUCCCUUCUACUGGGAAUUUGGAGGCAGAAGUAGCAGCAGAGAAGGUUAGUGCGGAAGUGGUUGCUGGGGUGACCGAGGAAACUGUCGGUGGGAGUAAGGUUGAAGAAUUGGAAGAUGGCAAGCACGGGGAUGUUGGGAUUGAAGUGAAUUCUGAGCCUGCGGAAUCGGUGCGGGCUGGGGAUGUCGAUUCUGUUGCUGCCGGGAUUGUCGAUGAGCAUGAGCAAAUCGGGGGCGAGAAUUUGGCAGAAACCGUUCAAGUUGGGAGUCAAGUUGGAUUUGUUGAUGAAGGAAGCGGUGAUGAGCAGAUUAGAGACGAAAAUUCAAUGGAAUCUGAUGAGAUUGUGGAUGAAGUUGGGUCUGUUUCCGAGGAAAACUCUGACGAUGAGCAGGAAGUUCAAGUAUCUGACAAUGCAGUGGAAGAGGAAGUGGAAUCUGUGGACAUCAUCGAUAAGGUGAUUGAAGAGAGGUUGGAGAUAAGUAGGAAGGCUGAAAAAAUCACUGAGAAGAAGCUGAAGGUGUCGAUGAAACCAUUGGAGUGGGCAGAGGAGCUCGAGAAGCGGCAAGCCUCAUUUGGGCAGCACUGGGAAGAGGGAGCAGCAGCCCAACCCAUGCGCCUGGAGGGGAUUGGAAAGGGCCAACCAGCUAUUGGUUACAUGCAGAUUGAGGUGGACAACCCAAUAACUCGUGCCAUGGCCUCCCCGUCUUUUAGGCAGGACCAUGGCUCUCCCCAGGUUUUAGCAGUUCAUAGGAGCUAUAUAGCAAUGGGAAUGUCCAGCGGAGCUGUUAUCAUCGUCCCGAGCAAAUAUUCCAGCCAUCAAGCUGAUGAUACAGAUGCAAAGAUGCUGUUCUUUUGGAACCAAGGUGAAAAAACUCAAUCACCAGUGACUGCCAUGUGCUUUAACCCACAAGGUGAUCUUCUGCUAGUAGGAUAUGGUGAUGGUCAUAUGACAAUCUGGGAUGUACAGAAGGCCACAGCAGCUAAAGUGAUACAUGGUGAGCAUACAGGAGCCGUAGUGCAUGUUUGUUUCAUCCGCCAAUCGAAAGCCAUCACUGGUGAUUCCAAAGGGCUUGUUCUACUGCACACAUUUUCGAUUAUACCCGUAAUUAAUCGCUUGACUGUCAAGGGAACCCAGCGCCUUUUUGAUGGAAAUACUGGAAUCGUGCUCUCAGCCUGUCCUCUUCUAGUGGAUGAAUCUUUAUAUUCUAGCAACUCAUCUACCCAAGGGAACAUAACAAGUUCCUCCAGUGGUGGUCUUGGGAGCAUGAUGGGAGGCGUAGUUGGAGUAGAUUCUGGAUGGAAAUUUUUCAACGAAGGUUCUUCUCCAGUGGAGGAUGGUGUUACAGUCAUGUUCAUUAUGCAUCAACAUGCCCUUGUGGUUAGACUGCGUACCAAUAUCGACCAUGUUGACCAUAUUGAGACCUUUUCUAGACCAGAGGGAGCACGGGAAGGGUCCAUUGCUUAUGCUGCAUGGAAAUACACAGCAUCCUCCAGUGAUUCUCCAUCAGUAGAUGAAGAUCGAGUAUCAUGGCUUGCGCUUGCAUGGGACCGUCAAGUACAAGUGGCAAAGUUUGUUAAAUCAAAGAUGAUCAGACAUAAGGAAUGGAAGCUUGAUAGUUCAGCCGUUGGUGUUGCUUGGUUAAAUGAUCAGAUGUUAGCUGUCCUUAAUUUGAGAGGGCAGCUGUGUUUGUUCUCAAAAGAUGGCAGUGAGCUUCGGAGAACCAUCUUUAUUCUUGAUGGUUUUGUCUUUGAUGACAGCAUACUGUACCAUACACAUUUUUUGAACAGGUUUGGUAACCCUGAGAGGCAUUUUAAAAAUUCAGUAGCAGUAAGAGGUGCUACAGUAUAUAUUCUUGGCCCAAACUUUCUUACAGUUUCACGACUUCUUCCUUGGAAAGAGCGGAUUGAAGCACUAAAGAGGGCUGGUGAUUGGAUGGGUGCAUUGGACAUGGCUAUGAAGCUUUAUGAUGGUCAUACACAGGGUGUCGUUGAUCUCCCGAGAACAGUUGAUUCUAUAAGGGAAGCCAUAAUGCCAUAUUUAGUAGAGUUGCUGCUGUCAUAUAUAGGUUAUGUCUUUGAGUAUAUUUCAAUUGCAUUGUCAAACCAUACUGGAAAAGGGGGAGGAGCAGAUGACCUGGUAGACACUGAUAGAUCACUGCUGACACAGAGAGAGGAACAGUAUGCUCGUGUAGGAGGGGUUGCAGUCGAGUAUUGUGUUCAUAUUGGACGGAAUGACAUCCUUUUUGAUACCGUCUUCUCUAAGUUUGCUGCUGCACAAAGUGGAGGUAUGUUUCUGGAGGUACUAGAGCCCUAUAUAUUGAAAGAUAUGCUCGGUUCUUUGCCCCCUGAGAUUAUGCAAGCGCUAGUGGAGCAUUAUAGUGGCAAAGGAUGGUUGCAGCGAGUUGAGCAAUGUAUUCUCCACAUGGAUAUUUCUUCACUGGAUUUUAAUCAGGUAGUCAGACUGUGUCGUGAGCAUGGGUUAUAUGGUGCUCUAAUUUAUUUAUUUAACCAAGGGUUGAAUGAUUUCCGCACACCUCUAGAGGAACUUCUAUCUGUCAUCCAGAGCGCUACUAGAAAAGAUGCUACUUCUACUUGCUACAGAAUGCUUGUUUAUCUGAAGUAUUGCUUCCAGGGCCUAGCAUUUCCUCCAGGGCAUGGAAUAAUUCCCCGAGCCCACCUUCAUUCAGUGAGAAAAGAACUUCUGCAGUUUAUGCUUGAGGAGUCUAAGAUGCUCACUUCUGAAGUAUUUAAGGGUUUUAAUUCUUCUUGUGGAAAAUGCCCAAACAUAUGCUAUCUACUAUGGAUGGAUACUGAAGCUACUUUGGAAGUUGUCAAGUGUGCUUUUGCACAAGAGAGUUUUGAACCUACUUCUGGUAUUCUUGAUGCAUCUGUCCCCACGGAUGAAGGUGAUACUAAUACUGGAAGCCCAGAGAGUCAAAAUAUUUUGUUACAAAGUGUAGUGGACACCAUCAUUGAUAUUGUUGGUUUGGAAAAUGAGGCAACCCAUUCCAUUUUUGCGGGUACUGCUGAGUCCGAAAAUUCAGAAUUUUGGCCUUCAGUAAAUGAUCUUGGUUAUAUAAUUGAAUUUGUGUCCUUUUUUGUUUGCCAUAAAAGGGCAAAUACGUCACAAAGAGUUCUUAGGCACAUUGUUAAAUACCUCACUUUAUCCAAUACUCAGUCAUAUGAUGAUAAAAAGUUGCCAACUCAGAAAGAAGAAGAAGUUCUUCAGCUCUUCAAUGUAGUUCCUCAAACUGACUGGAAUUCUGAUUACGUGUUGCAUCUCUGUUUAGAUGCUCAUUUUCAUCAGGCUUGUGGCUUGAUAUAUGCAGCCAGAGAUCAAAAUUUGGCUGCUUUAGAUAGUUACAUGAAGGAUAUAGUGGAACCAUUCCACGCUUUUAUCUUCAUCAACAAAAAGUUACUUCAAUUGGCAGGUGAUGAAGUUUUAUCGUUUCGUUCCACAGUGAUAUCUCGUUUCCCUGAACUAGUCAAUCUAAGCAGGGAGUGCGCAUUUGUCUUGGUCAUUGAUCAUUUUCAUAACGAGAUCCAGCAAAUGUUGGCAGAGCUUCAUUCUGAUCACUGUAGCCUCUUUCUGUUCUUGAAAACUGCAAUUGAAGUACACUUGUCAGGAAAACUUGACUUCAGCAAGCUUACUGCCAGAAACGAUAAAAUUGUUGAACGUCAGUACUUCUCUGGCGAACUUGAAGAUUAUCUGCAGAGGUUAUCAAAUCUUCCAAAGCUGUUCGACCGCAAUCCUGUUUCUUUGACUGACGAGUUAGUUGAACUCUAUCUGGAGCUUUUGUGUCAGUAUGAGCCAAGGUCAGCUCUGAGGUUUCUGGAGACUUAUGAUAGUUACAGAUUGGAGAGGUGUUUGCAUCUUUGUCUAGAUUAUGGAGUUACAGAUGCUGCUGCAUUUCUGCAAGAGAGGGUUGGUGAUGUUGGCAGUGCACUGGCACUUGUUCUAGCUGGACUUGAUGAGAAAAUUAGCCAAUUUAUCUCUUCUGUGGAAAAUACGUUCUCUCGGAUAUCCCCCAAAAGUAUUUCUGAAAUUGAGCAACCAGACGUUGUUCUGAAAAUGAGUGAGGCUCAUCCGGUGCUUGAUACGUUACGUGCCUCCAUAGGAUUGUGCCAAAGGAACUCACAGCGCUUAGAUCCAGAGGAGUCUCAGUUACUUUGGUUUCAACUACUUGACUCAUUCUCAGAGCCGCUGAAAAAAUUGUAUGGAGGCAAGGUUGUAAAUGGAAAAGGUGGUCGGUCCGAGGGGGGUGAAACGACAAAUGGCUACCCAAAGGGCAAUGGACAAAUGAGGAUUUCAACUUAUGAGAAGUGCUUGAAUGCUCUGCGAAGAGUAUUUUCACAAUUUGUUGGAGAGAUAAUCGAGGCAAUGGCUGGGUAUAUACCCCUACCAGCAAUCAUGGCAAAGCUAUUAUCUGACAAUGGGAGUCAAGAGUUUGGUGAUUUUAAACUUGUCAUACAUAGGAUGCUGUCUAUGUAUCUUUAUGAAAAAAGAAUACUGGAAACAGCCAAGUCAGUUAUCGAGGAUGAUUCAUUCUAUACCUUGAGCUUACUAAAGAGAGGGGUUUGUCACGGAUUUGCUCCACAGACUUUUGUCUGCUGUGUAUGCAACUGCUCACUUUCUAAAGAAGGUGCUAUUUCAGCAGUACGAGUAUUCAGUUGUGGCCAUGCAACUCAUCUUCACUGUGAGUCUGAGCAAAGCAAAUCAUCGAAUAGGGAUUCUAAAGAUGGAUGUCCAGUUUGUCUCUCGACGAGUAACACACAAGCCCGGAACAAAUCAUCCAUAAUAUCUGAGAAUGGGCUAACCAGGUAUUCUGUGGUUGAAAAUGAAGUAUCGCAUGGCAUCCAUCAUGUUCAUGAAACAGAUCAUGCUGAGAGAUCCCGUGGGCUUCAGCAUAUGUCGCGGUUUGAAAUACUGAAUAAUCUUCAGAAAGCACAUAAGACUUUUCAUAUUGAAACUGUACCCCCAUUAAGACUUUCUCCGCCAGCCAUAUAUCAUGAAAAGAUACAGAAGAGAGUCACUUUUGUGGGAGAAUCCAGUAGACAUUCAGUUAGAACUGAAAAACCGCAGAAAAUAUGGCAAAUGAAGGAGCCGAAAUUAAAGAAAUCUGGGAAUUGGCUUCCAGCCAAGACAAGUAUAUUCAGUUCUGAUAAGAAUCAAGUGAGGUAGACUAAUUAUCGGAUGGAACGAGAUUCCCAGGUCUCCUUAACGCCAUUACGGAUGUCGAGGCUUCACCCGAUCAUUAAUUUACGGAUGCGAUGCGUCUAAGUGGUUUCAAACUAACCAUUCCUCUGAAAUUUGUGGUUAGGGGUGCUUUGCGCAGGAAGAAUCAUAAAGCAAGGCGAGAAAAGCAACCCCAUGACCAUGAUGAGGCUGUAACUAGAAGGCAGUUUUCUGACAGGAACGAAGUUUUGAGGCAGGAGCAUACACUAGUCUGAUAAACAUGAUCCACACACCACUUUUCACUUCGCAGUACGACCAACUGAUAGUUUGAUAAACAAAUACAGGUAAUCCGAUGUAUAUAGGUGUACAUUCUUUUCGGGAAAGAUACGUAGCCACAUUCUUGUUGCUGCAAAUUGUAUAAUGUGUGGCUACAUUACAAGCUGCUGUAAAAUAUUCAGAGUUGCAGAAGAGCAUUUUUUUAGCGAUGCAAUUACCUUAUGAUCA